UGUCGUCAUAACUGACAGUGACAGUUACAAUAAGUUUUGAAGUGGUUUUGAAUUUUUGUUAUCGUAAAACUUUUAGAAACCAGAUAAAUUUUUAUUUCAACAGAAUCUAAUAGCACGCCUAUAUUUUUCUAAAACAAGUUUGUGUAUACGAAACGUGAAAAAUAAUAACAUGUCGAAAAUUUCCGAAAUACGGUUGUUAUUCGAUGCAAAAGUAAAAGAAGGUAUACCAAAUCCUCCGGGAUCUUUCGAUACUCGCGAUUUGGAGAGAGUUAAGAGUGAUAAAUACUUGUACAGAGUGCUGGAACACUGUCAGAAUAACGUGCAACUAGCGGCCGAUAUGCUUUACGACAUAAUGCUGUGGAGAAAAGAGAUAGGAGCCAACGAAAUCACUCACGAAACUGUAAACAUAGACUAUUUGAAGGAAGGUGUGUUCUUCCCUCACGGCAGAGACAUAGACAGCUGUCUCUUAUUCAUAAUGAAGGCGAAACUGUACAUUAAAAGUCAGAAAAACGUCGAGGAAGUUAAAAAAGUCGUCAUAUACUGGUUGGAACGCAUCGAAAGAGAAGAAGAGGGUAAAAAGAUAACAUUGUUCUUCGAUAUGGAUACAUGUGGCCUGAACAACAUGGACAUAGAGGUGAUUAUGUUUAUGGUGACAUUGUUAAAGAAUUAUUAUCCUAAUAUGAUUAACUAUGUCAUAGUUUAUCAGUUACCAUGGAUGCUACAAGCCGGGUUUAAGAUUGUCAAAAAUAUACUACCGACUGCAGCUGUGGAGAGGCUCCGUAUGGUUAAUAAGGAUAAGUUGAAAGACCUGGUCGCACCAGAACAGGCUUUAACUAGUUGGGGUGGUAAGGAUAGUUAUGUUUUUCAAUUUAUCCCUGAAAAUAGGGUAGUUGCUGACAAAACAGCCAAACAUGUUAGCUUUGCAGAGGAUUGCCAGUCGAAAGAGAUGCUUCUUUUAAGCCCGAGUAAAGUGUUGAUUUUUAGCAACGACAAUGGAAGAAUUUCAUCGCAACUAACUAUAACGAACAUGGAGGAAGGUAGCAUAGCAUUCAAAAUAAGAACAACAGCCCCAGAACGGUAUGUAGUGCGUCCCAGCGCUGGAACUUUGAACAGUAAAGCGUCACAGACUGUUAAUAUAUCUGUCAACUCUGGUUUCCCAUUGUCUAUUGUAGAGAAGGACAGGUUUUUAGUUGUGUCUGUCAAAGUUCCAAAUUCAAAUUUGAACGCAAAAGACUUGGCAGAUCUUUGGAAGUCUGGGUCCAGUAAAACAGAUGAAUACAGGUUAAAGUGUGCUGCACUUGAAAUAGGGAAUGCACUUAAAAAUGAAAAAGCUCCCGACACAAAUUCUGUUGAGUACAAACUGAACAGUAUACAAGAGAGUCACAAAAAAUUAGUAAAGAAUUUGGAUACUGUAAAGUUGUAUCAGAUGUUUACUUUAUUUUUUACUAUUGUAGGUCUUGUUAUAGGGUAUUGUAUUUAUAGGAAUGUUAAAAAUGAAUAUUGCCAUCAAUAGAAGCAAUGGAUAUACAUAUCAAUGUUAGGUUUGCUGCAUAUGUAACAUGUUUUGUCUGUGUAGACAAUGAUGUUAGAAGAAAAAAGGGGUAAGUAGAUAGGUUAUAUAAACCACAUUCAAUGUUUACAAGUGGUACACAAAAAUUAUUUCAACAGCACAAUGACAGUAUAAUAUGGUAUCUAUAGCACUCCACUCAGGGUUCCCAACUUAGGGGUUUUCCCCCCAGAUUUAGGGGGCAAAUAAGUGAAAUGGGAUUUUUUAGGGGUCUGAAAUUUUUAGGGGUAUUUUCAGGGAUUUUUUGACUCUUUAAUAUUUUUAAAUUGAUGAUAAUUUAAAUAUUUCUGUCUUGACCUAGCGACUUAUAACGACAUAUAAUACGUUAUUCUACAACCACUCUGAGGCAACAGGCGGCAAUUUUCAUCGAAUAAUAAAAAUUGUUAAAUUUAUUCAUUGUCAACAUGUAUGAUUUCAAAAAAUCUGAAUCUUCAGAUAAAGACGUAAUAUUUUUUCUGUAUUAAAUAUAGACUUUUGAAACAUAUUACAGCAUAUUAUUUCUAAAUUAUUAUGAAUAUAUAUUUUUUAGGGGGAGAACUCAAUAAUUAAGGCGAUUUUUUGGGUUUUUGGCACAAACUUUAGGGAUAAAUAUUUUGGAGAGUUGGUAACACUGACUCCACUUGCCCUUAAAUUUGUGAAAAAAAGUGUAUGCAGCACUGUUUCAAAAGACUUGAUACUUUUUUAACCAGUUUUGCUAUGCAAAGGUUGUUUUUAUGUGGUAAAUGGUUUAUAAUUAUUAUGUUGUUGUUUUUUAUUUGUAUAUUAGCACAAAGUAUUGCUGAAUGCUGGUAUUUUGUAUGGUAGAUGUAAAUGUAUUGUGAAUAAUUUAGCUGACAAAAAAUUAGCAACACUGUUCAAAACACUUUUUGUUUUCUAACCAGUUUUGCAAGGCAAAGGUUAUUUUUAUGUGGUAGAUGGUUUAUAAAUAAUAAUUUAUCUUUUUAUUUCUUGAUUUGUAUAUUAGCACAACAUUAAUUAUGUUUAGAUAUAACUAAUGAUCUAAGAUCUUUAUUAGAAAAUGCCUUCACUUAUCAGUUUAAUGGAUGAAAAAUAUGUUAAAAAAUAGGUUGCCUCAAAAUCUCCUGGCUAAACUAUCAUUUUCAUCCUCCUCCUAACAUGAUAGCCUGCUUCCAUCUUAGACUGCACCAUCAGAUGAUAUGCAAUCUAAGAUGGAAGAUGGAUUGUAGUUGAGGGCUAAAAAGUAUUAUAAAGAAUUAAAAAUACACAUUUUAAAUUUGGAAACGCUCUUCCUCUAUUACCUCUGUAUAGUCGGACGCAAUCUUUAUGACGUUUCUGAACAUCGUGCGUUAAGCUGCACAAUACAAGAUUUUAGAUAUCACUGGUAACCCCUUUCAUUCUGAGAGGAGACUCGUGCUCAACAGUGAGCCGAAUAUGGGUUUAUAAUGACGGAUUCCACCGGUGCGUAAGGACACUUGCACCUUAUUUCAGAGAUGUAAUAAAAGGUGCAUCCGACUGUACAGCACUGGUGAAGACUCAAGUGGGUAGUUUUAAAUUUUUUUAUAUUGAAUUAUGCGAGGUAUAUCUAUAAAUGCCUAUUUAUUAUCUAUAAAAACUGUAUUAGGCAAAUAAAACAUUUUGUAUAGUGUUCAAUAGGUUGUUUUUGUAUGGAAAAUUGCUAUUUUCUUUUACUUAUACGUAAUUAUUUAGAUUGAAUUUUUUUUUUUUGCGUAAAUUGUUUAAGCACCAAACAAAUUUUAUAAGGAAAGCAUAUUUUUGUUAAAGAAUAAAUACUUAUUUUAAUUAAA